AUGCGAAUCGUCUUUGCUGCCCUGGUAUUGAUGACAACACUUGUUGUCCUGGAAGCUCGUCUAGAAGAGGGUCAAAGAUGUAAUAGGUUUAGAAGAUGUGAACGAGAACUCGUGUGUAGGGGGCCACCUGGUAGACAGACAUGUCAAGAAAUUGAACAUGAGGAACCAGAGAGACCUGAUAGACCAGAAAGACCCGAGCGACCAGAAAGACCCGAGCGACCAGACAGCCCCGACAGAUACGAACGACCAGAUAGAUUCGAAAGACCAGAUCGACCAGAACGACCUGACAGACCUGACAGAUUCGAACGUCCAGACAGAUCAGACAGAUUCGAACGUCCAGACAGAUUCGAACGUCGAGAAAGAUACGAUUGA